UUGUGUAGAAGGCUUACACACCUCUUAAGACAAUAAUGGUCGCCUGCGGAACAAAUGAGGUGGCGCUAAUACUAAUACUCCGUCAGUGACGCGGACCAGUGAGCGUCUGCUGUCCAGACUCAUCCGGCAAAAACACAUGGACUCAACAGCAGAUAUCCUGUUAAUUAAACAUGACCCAAGGGGAAUCACCAUGCACUGCUGACUCCUCUGCAGAGAGGCCGGCUGAGGCACCAUGAACUCUGUUGAGAUGUACUCAGUGGAUCUAAAACACGCCUGUGGAUUAUACCAACGUUUGUAUUCUACUGGGGAAAUAAGGAUUCCUUCCUGGGGCUGCACUUCAUCCGUCCCGACAGCAGACUCCUGAUAUCCUCCCGUCUGGAUGACUCAGGGAGGAAUUGCCAAACACAAAGCAUGGCUCACCCCGCCACUCACUCCUCUGACUGGAGGGAGAUGACAAAUGGAGCGGGACACCCCCACUUCAACAACAACGGAGGUCAGAGCGGGGGUUCCCACAGCACCGCGCGCUACAUGCUGAAGAAACAGCACCGCCACAGACGCAGGUCCUCGUCACCGAUGGGCCGGGUCAUCCUCAUCAACGCGCCUCUUGAUGGUGACGACAGUGAAGACAUUCACACAGUGACAGUCGAUAAAAGUCCUGAUGGACGUCUGGGCUUCAGUGUCCGUGGAGGUUGUGAACAUGGACUUGGCAUAUUUGUCAGCAAGGUGGAGGACGACAGCUCUGCAGCGCAGGCUGGGCUGACUGUUGGCGAUAAGCUGGUGGAGGUGAACGCGGUCAGCCUGGAGAGCAUCACCAUGAGCAGCGCCGUGAAGGUGUUGACGGGCAACAACAGGCUCAGGAUGGUGGUGAGACGGGUGGGCAAGAUCCCGGGCAUUCGCUACUCCAAAGAGAAGACCACAUGGGUGGAUCUCAUUCACCGGCGGAUGGUGGUGGAGGAGAAUGGACGAACGCCGUCAGAGGCCAGCACAGACAGCGCCCUCCGCAGGAUCGUGCAUCUCUUCACCACAUCGGACGACUACUGCCUGGGCUUCAACAUCCGAGGAGGAAAAGAGUUUGGACUGGGGAUUUAUGUUUCCAAGCUGGACCCCGGUGGGCUUGCGGAGCAGCAUGGCAUCAAAAUGGGCGAUCAGAUACUUGCAGCUAACGGGGUGAGCUUUGAAGACAUCACCCACAGCAACGCAGUGGAGGUCCUGAAGAGCCACACCCAUGUGAUGUUGACCAUCAGGGAAGCUGGCAGAUACCCUGCAUACAAGGAGAUGGUGGCUGAAUACGGCUGGCUCGACAACUUGGCCAAUGGGGGCCCUGCACCAUCCUCCCACGGCUCAGACUCCAACUCGUCUGUGUCCUCGCUGUCCUCCAGCACCCCUCUCAGCUCCCUCAGUGGUCUCUCCCAAGUCCUUUUCCCUCCCGCCUUCGGCUUAGACAUGGUAGACGUCGCCAUCUCCACAGAGGACCGCUCCCGUCGUCCAAGCAGCGCCGAGCGGACUGCUGACACCGCCAUGCAGACUGACCCCCACCCUCCGGACCACGUGGAACAUCCCUCUCUUCAUAAUGGAUCGAACCCUGACAAGCUGGUGGGGACAGAGACCAGCCGGACUGUAGGUGCCACAGUGCUGCUGAAGGACACACUCAUACGUGGGAAAGGGGAAGGACCGAGGGAGAUGGGAGGAGCUGGGGAAGGAGGCAGGGCACGGACCAGGACCCUGUCUACUGGGGACCGGGAAUUAGUCAAACACUCACCUAAGACGGCUGCACUGAUGGACCUGAGCAGACCACGGAAACCCAUCAGACGUUCCCAAAGCCACGUCACCGUGUCAGAAGACAGGCAGAAGAAGAAGAAGCACCAGAAGGAGAAGAGCUCAGGAGAAGGUAAAAGCAGCCUGCAACGCUCCAAAACCUUUGUCAACCUGUUAUUUAAGAAAGACCGGAAAGAGAAGAGUCGCUCCAGGUCACCGUCCCACCAUUCUGACAAAGGUAAGGAGCGGGGUCAUCCUUUCCAGCUCUUGACCUCCCCGAGAGAAUCCCGUGCUGGAGUUAAAGACCACACCGCUCUGCCUCGCCCCGAGACUCUGCAGCACGUGGAGGACGUGGCGAAGAGACUUCUCAGCCACGACGAGGUGGUGGCUGUGAUGAGACACUGUCGGAGGUUUUUGUCCGACAAUGUGAUUGAGGAUUUAGUGCGCCCCCUCUUGGCCAUCUUGGACAGACCAGAGAAACUGCUUCUUCUCAGAGAAAUAAGAAUGCUGAUACCUACGACUGUGCUGGCUCACUUUGACAGCAUGGUCAUUCCCUUUGAGUUGGAGGCGUAUGACACACUCAAGAGUCGCUCGAUGCGUUCUCCAGCUCUACGCUCCCCUCGCAGUGGAACCCCUCGACGUCACCUCAUCACCCCAAUCCCAGACUACAUGGGAAGGUUCCACCUCCAGUCUGUUCAAAACCCCCUGGGAGAGAGUCAGCUGAUUGAGGAGUUGGAGAGACUGCGUUUGUCUGGACGACAGUCAGGACAUCUGUCUCCGGCCCAGGUCUUCACCCCUCUGCUGGAUGUACCUGUGGACAGCUACUCUGUCUCCAGUGCGCGCUCUCGCUCCCGGAGUCCCUCAUCCACGCACAGCUUCCUCCUCACGGAAUCACCGCACAGCACCCAUCGCGGUCGCCAUCCCCACCGCUCCCCAAACAGAAGAGAGAACGGAGCGUCACAGUUUGACGAUUCCUCACUGUUGUCUGUGUACGAUCGGAAAAAAGAAGGGGCUCCUGAACGAGGGAGGUCGCCCGUGAGGAACGGACACGGGGGAGAAAGGAGGGAGGCGAGUCCCGACAGCGUGGCUGGCAGACGGCAGAGCGGGCUGCAGGACGGCUUCACAGAGGUCAGUGUGCGUGUGCCCUCACAGCGAAGAGGCAGAACUCCUCUAGCUGAUGUGUUUGAGCCCUCAAGGGACAGCAGCAGAGGGAGCAGUCCACAGGUAUACAGACACUCACAAACGUUUGGAGUGAAAAGAGGAGCAACUCCACCACCCGAGGAAUACAAAAUCAGCACUUUGACCAUCUCAAAGGCCAAGCAGUCACUGGGCAUCAGUAUCUCAGGAGGGAUCGAGUCCAGGAUCCAGCCCAUGAUAAAGAUUGAGAAGAUCUUCCCAGGAGGAGCGGCGGCGACAAAUGAAGCUCUGAAGGCAGGAUAUGAGCUGUUGUCCGUGGACGAGGAGAGUCUUCAGGGAGUGACUCAUCAACACGCGGUGGGCGUGAUUCGCCGUGCGUUCAGCAACAAAGCCAAAGACCCCAUGGUUUUUGUGGUCAAGGUCCCGACCAACCCCUGACAGCCGCUGGACACCUGCUGACUAACUUGGUUGGGGCCUCACAGCGAGACUGCGGCUCAGGCACGACGGACACCAACAUGUGCAACUCCUGCGGAGAAGAAACUGUAAGAAUCCACUCCAGGAUAACAUGGAUAGAGCUCUGGAUGUGAAUGGAAGCACAGAGGUUGUGACAGGAACCUGUACGUUUCCAGAAGUCCACUCAUGUUUCCCAAGCGUGUCAGUGAUCUACGGUGGCCUUCGUGGUCAAAAAAUGGCGUUGUCCGUCUUCAUUUGUGUCAUAAACUUCUGCUUCAUGUCACGAAAAACGUACUCUGAAUGAAUGAACACAUAAAAUGCUUCUUCUAAGGCAAAAAAAAAAACAAAUUUAUACACUUAUACACAAGAAUACAGAAAUACACAUGUGUAGAAUAAUCAAUUUCUGCCAAUAAAUACUCCACACUGGACCGUCACGAGUACUGCAGGAUCAGGAUAUCAAUAACUACAAACCACUUGCUCUGUCAUGAAAAGAAGAUAUAGUGUUGCGCCCAUUUUCUCCACGUUUGUAACUUUUAUAGCUGAAAAUGAAGUUUUCUACAGGUCUUUCAUGAGAAGAUCACGUGGUCCCUGAGCUCGUCCUCGGUGGAAUCUGUGCCACUGUUUGACACCCAGCAAACCCCGCCUGUGACCUCUGAGCAGUCAGUGGUCUGCACAUUUCAGCUUGAGUUUACUGCCCUGCCAGAGGGAGAUUACUCCAGCCUGCGUUAUGAGAUUUUUUUAGAUUUAUACCCAGAUUAAACCCCUGUAUAAUGUCAAAACUGAUAGUUUUGGUUUUUAGCGAAUGUCUGGGGGGGAUUAUUCCAAAUUGCUGCUCCGUAAUUUUUGUGCUGUAUUUUUCUGGCAUAAGUGCUCGUGCUCUGGAGCAAUCCGCCACUUUAGAGGCUUAAUUACACCCUGCUGUGGGCUGAGCUUAUGCAGACAUGUGGAGGAGCUGGAAAAACAUGUCAAUGAGAAAUGCAGGAUGUGGACGUCAGUGGCACCAUUUGAAUUAAAGUAGGCUGGGGAGAUAUGAGCGGCGAGGUAACUGCAAUGUAUUAUGCGCAGUGCCUUACUUCUGCACACGGCCAGUGUGUGUGUGUGU